AUGACGUCACCCGUCGUUGUUGAAGACGUCCUUGGAGGGGCGACCGCUGGGGAGGAGUCGUCCCACUUCCACAUCGCCUUGAAGCGCACCGUGGGAUCAGCAGGGCCGUUAUUCUCCGUAAUCGCAGCCCUCCUGUUCAAGAUCGGAGAACGUCACGAAAAAACGACGUCACUCGGGGGUGGUGGAUGGAUAGGAGCGCAAAAUGUGGUGAAGUUUUCAGAGUUUGGACAUUCGCAGCAAGCUUCUCUGUUUCAUUCUGAAGGCAUCACCUCCCUCGUUCUCCUGGCUGUUGCCUACACUGCUCAGGCCGGCGUGGUCGCCGCCCCAGCUUACGCUGCUGCUCCAGUGGCUGCCGUAGCUGCCCCUGCCGCCGUUUCCACCACCUACACCACAAAGACAGUGCAUGCCGCCCCUGCUAAGGUUGUUGCCGCUGCUCCAGCCGUUGCUUACGCUGCUCCCGCCGCCAAGGUUGUUGCCGCUGCCCCUGCCGUGGCCUACGGUGCUGCUCCAGCUGUCGCUUACGGCGCUGCCCCAGCUAUCGCGUACGGCGCUGCUCCAGCUGUCGCUUAUGGCGCUGCACCAGCAGUUGCCUACGGUGCUGCCCCAGCCGUAGCAUACGGCGCCCACUACGCUGCUGCCCCAGCUGUUGCCUACGGUGCUCAUUAUGCCGCUGCUCCAGCUGUUUACGGUGCCCACUACGCUGCUGCCCCAGUCGCUAAGGUCGUCGGUGCUGCUCCAGCUGUCGGCUAUGGUCACGCAUACGCUGCUCCAGCCUACGGCAAGGUUCUCGGCUGUAAGUAUCAACAAUAG